CGUUUUUAACCUCUUCUUCUCCAGUACCCAGUGCGUCCUGCUUCGAUGAGCUAUGAUAAUGCGGCGCAUUUGGCAGCCAGAAUUAAACCCAAGCAGCAGAAAGUUGAGCUCGAGGUGGCCAUGGACACCAUGAGUCCGAACUACUGCCGCAGUAAAGGCGAGCAGAUCGCGCUCAAUGUGGACGGCACGUCUUCGGAGGACCCCAGCGUCUACUCGAUGAAAAUGAUGGACAAGCAAACGUUCUCCUCGAUCCAGGCGACCACGAACACGUCCCGCUUCGCUGCGGCUGUGUUUCACAAAGGAGAGCUUCAUCUCACGCCACUGCAGGGAGUCCUCCAGAUGAGACCCAGCUUCAGCUACCUGGAUAAAGCUGAUACUAAACAUAGAGAACGAGAGGCAGCCAACGAAGCUGGAGACUCUUCUCAGGACGAAGCAGAAGAAGAUGUUAAACAGAUCACUGUGAGGUUUUCCCGGCCCGAGUCUGAACAGGCCCGUCAGCGCCGCAUCCAGUCCUAUGAGUUCCUGCAGAAGAAACAGGCUGAAGAGCCCUGGGUUCACCUGCAUUACCACGGUAUAAAGGACGGACGUUCUGAGCACGAGCGCCAGUAUCUUUACUGUCAGGCCAUGGAUGCCACAGAGAACACAGAACUGGUGAAAACACCGUGUGAAUAUCUGGCCAUGCUUAUGCCUCCACUGGCUGAAGAGAAAGUCAUCAAGCCCAUGGGUCCCAGUAACGUGCUCUCAAUGGCCCAGCUCCGCACGCUGCCUCUGGGUGAGCAAGUCAGGACGCUGAUGAAGAACGUCAAGGUGAUGCCGUUUGCCAAUCUGAUGGGGCUGCUGGCCUCGGGAACGGACUCCACCGCAGUACUGCGCUGCAUCCAGCAGGUGGCGCUGCUCGUCCAGGGAAACUGGGUCGUGAAGAGUGAUGUGCUGUGUCCCAAAAACACCUGUAGCUCACACAGCGGCGUUCCUGCCGAAGUGCUCUGUCGUGGUCGAGACUUUGUGAUGUGGAGAUUCACUUUAGAAAGAACCCUGAUGAGAAAAGAGGUCGCUGCCAUCAUUAAGCUUCCUCCAGAGGACGUGAAGGACUUCCUGGAGCAGAUGUCGGUCCCUCGAUUAAACCGAGGCUGGGAGUUCCUGCUGCCCACAGAUCAUGAUUUCAUCAGAAAGCAUCCUGAUGUGGCUCAAAGGCAGCAGAUGCUUUGGCUGGGCAUUCAGUCUAAGUUGGAAAAAGUGUUUAACUUCUCCAAAGAUGACUUUGUGGCUAAAAAGGAUGCUCGGAUGGCGCCUGCUCACGUCAGCGGAGAUCAGCGUCUGAAAGCGGCGAGGGAGAGCGCUAGAGAAAGCCACACCCUCAUGCAGAGGGAGCUGGACGCUCGGAGACCGAAGGGGUCUACAAACACGGGCUCGUCCGGUGAAUCUAGCACCCCGGUGCAGGUCAAACAGGAGCCCAUGAGUGACUCUGAAGAGCCCAUGGACACAAACGGCUCGAUCAACGGUUACCCCAACUCUACCUCUCCGCUCUCGGACCCUCAUAACGGACACGGUCAUGCCUUCACCCCGGAGCUGCAGGAGUUCGUGCGGAGCACCUUCCGGAAGCACUAUGUUUUGUGCCUGAGUGAAGUGAAGAGGCUGUUUAACCUGCAUCUGGCCAGUUUACCCACGGGUCACUCGGUGUACGGUCACGUGACGGACCGCAUGCUCCAGGACACCAUCCUCCAGAGCCAGUGCAAGCAGAUCCUGGUGCCUUUUCCUCCUCAGAGCAAUGCAGCGGCAGACGAGCAGAAGGUCUUCGGCCUGUGGGAGAGCGGAGAAACCUUCGACAAGGUGAUUUCUGGGAGCUGCAGCCUGAUUUAUUGUGAUUUUGAGGAGGGAUGCACAGUGUUGGAUUUUUGCUGA